AUGGCGAGGAGAAGGCGAGCUGGCACCAUGGGCACAUCCAUCUUCUCGUGCCUCUUUGUUAUCCUGCUCACCAGAUGCUCCCCAGCAGGCUGUGCUGGAGGGAGUGACUCUGCAUCCCACAGCACAGCCAGCGCCACAGAGAAACCUGUCCUGUUAAACAGCAUCCCAGAUGCUGAAGCCUUCAUCAGUGGUGCAGAGGUGGCAGUCAUUGGAUUCUUCCAGGACCCGCGGAGCCCCGAAGCGGAGCAGUUUCGCCUGGCGGCCGGAGAGAUCGCAGAGGUGCCCUUCGGCCUGAGCAGCAGCGCCGCCGUCCUGUCCCGCUACGGCGCCUCGGAGAACACCGUGGCGCUGUUCCGCAGGGUGGACAAUGACCGGCGGGACCUGGACAUGAACAACAGAGAGGUUGAUGCCAAGAAGCUGAUUCGCUUUGUUCGGAUGAACGAGCUCCGUCUGGUGACAGAGUACAACCCUGUGACAGCAAUAGGUGUGAUGCAGAGCUCACUCCAGUUUAACCUCCUCCUGAUCACAGACAAGAUGUCUCCAAAGCACCCUGAGCGAAUGCGCAAGUUUCGGGCGGCGGCAGAGCUCUACAAGGGGAAGAUUCUCUUUAUCCUGUUAGACAGCAAUUUGAAGAGCAAUGAACGAGUACUGUCGUACUUCCAGCUGAAGAAGUCCCAGCUGCCAGCUCUGGCUGUAUUCCACACCCCAGAUGAUGAGCACGAAGUGUUGACUGUGGAUGACAUCUCCAUCGAGCGUGUACAGGACUUCUGUAAUCGUUUCCUGCAAAGAGUGCCAAAGAAAGAAGACAAAUCUGAGGAGAAGCCCCUCAAUGAAGAACUCUGA